AUGGUACCCCGGCCGGAUCUCAAAACAUCGAGUCGAAAUGUCUUCAAACCAGCCAAUGAUCGAACUCUGCGGUUUCGAGAAGAUGGAACAUUUCACAUUGGAGUCUUUGAGGACUUGCAUUUCGCCGAAGACGAGGAAAAAGACGAGAAGUCCAAAGAAGUGAUGUCAUAUAUCCUCGAGGAGGAGGACAUUGACUUCGUAGUCAUAAACGGUGACUUAGUGUCCGGCGAAAAAACCCAAAAAACCGAGUCGAGCAAAUAUAUCGAUUCGGUCGUUUCCCCGCUUGUCGAUCAGGGGUACAGGUGGGCAUCAACUUACGGCAACCACGACAGCGCGAUUAAUCUCAACCCGAAAGAUGACAUGUUAGAGGCCGAGAACAAAUACCCCAACAGCUUGACGCAGAGUAGGGUAUCCGGCCACAAGGCUGGAAUAACGAAUUAUUACCUGCCGGUAUUUUCACAUGGACAGGCGAAUACCAGCACACCCGCGCUACUACUAUGGUUCUUCGAUUCGAAGGGUGGAUAUGAUUAUAAAAAGCAAGGAGAAGGCGGGCCUCCUGUUAAGAGGCCCAGUUGGAUUGAUGAAUCGGUCGUUGACUGGUUCACCGAAACCAAUUCCAAACUGAAAAAGGAGUAUGACAAAGUCAUCCCCUCGGUAGCAUUCUACCACAUACCGGCCCACGCGAUGCUCGAACAUCAACAAACAAAAGGCGUAAAUCCAGAUCUGACGCCUGGCGUGAAUCGCGAACGGGUUCACCCGCAAGGAAGUAUCCUAUCGAAAUAUGACGGCCAGGACGUCAAGUUUAUGAACGCGCUCCUUCACACCGAGGGCUUAAUCGCAGGAUUCAGCGGCCACGAUCACCAAAAUGAUUGGUGCUUUAAAUGGGACGGGUCUCUUGUCGACCACGGUCUAGCUGGGAAUGGUAUCAAUAUGUGCUACGGUCGGCAUACUGGAUAUGGCGGCUACGGUAAUCUAGACCGCGGUGCACGGCAGAUCUUACUCCACGAGGGCAAUCUUGCAAACGACACUGAGACGUGGAUUCGAUUGGAAGAUGGGUCCGCCCAGGCUCGCGUGACAUUAAACGCAACUUUUGGCCAGGAUAAUUACCGUUCUGUUGCUAAUGGUGGUGGGAAGCACGAUUCCUAUGCGCAGGGCCCUUUGCUUCCUUCAGCUUGGUUAUGGGUUCCGAUUAUGAUACUCUCGCGGUGGAGCAUGUAA